UUGGUUGGAACCUGAUAAUCUUAACUACAGGCUGUAGCUUGAAGCCUUUACUAAUUACUUCAUAGUUACACACACGGUGGAUAACCUGUUCUCCCACGUGAUCUUUCCGAUCCCGAUUCCGACCCUAUUAAAUUCUCUCCUUUUCCUUGCGAUUCAUUUUGAUGUGUUUGGUUUUCAUAACCCAUUAAGGUGUAUAAUAAAUUGUGCUUCCGAUGCCAAAAAUAGCUCUGAAAGCAGGAAGCAGACCGCCAUGGGUGGGUUUGGCAGCCGCAGUUUGGGUCCAAAUUGCUUCCGGCAAUUCCUACACCUUCCCACUCUACUCCGCAACACUCAAAUCCGUACUGGGCUACAACCAGCAGCAGGUGACGCUGCUUGGAGUGGCUAACGAUAUAGGAGAGAGCGUGGGUAUUCUUCCUGGUAUUGCCUGCAAUAAGUUCCCUCCUUGGGCCGUGCUUUUGGUUGGCACCGUGCUGUGUUUUUUAGGAUAUGGUGUUCUCUGGAUUGCCGUUAGCCAGACUGUUCAGAACUUGCCUUACUGGCUGUUAUGGCUUGCACUAUGCAUCGGUAGCAAUAGCUGUGCAUGGUUUGGCACACCUCUGCUUGUAACCAACAUGAGAAACUUCCCUCUCAGUAGGGGCACAGUUGCUGGAAUUCUCAAAGGUUAUAUUGGGCUCAGUGCUGCAGUGUAUACAGUAAUAUGUAGUCUGCUACUUAAUGAUUCAGCUGCAAAACUAUUGUUGUUCCUUGCACUUGGGAUUCCUGUUUUAUGUUUAGCCAUGAUGUACUUUAUUCGGGCUUGUACUCCAGCAUCUGGCGAAGACUCUUCAGAGCAUGUUCAUUUUAUUUUCACGCAAGCUGCUAGUGUUUUUCUUGCUAUAUAUCUUCUCUCAAUCACAGUGAUAAGCACCACAGUUUCUCUAAGUGGCACUGUGUCCUACAUUUUAGUUGCCAUAAUGGUUAUCCUUCUGAUGUCCCCCCUUGCAAUUCCUGUGAAAAUGACACUUAAUCCUUCUAAGAAACUUGGUCCCCCAGUUGGUUCUUUAGAAAAUUUAGUUGGUUCAACCCAAAUAGAUCCUUUGUUAACACCAUCUUCAUCAGCUUCAUAUCUUGGAAGUUUCCAUGAGGGUGAGGAUUCCUCGGAUGUGGAAACACUUCUUGCUGUUGGGGAGGGGGCCGUGAAGAAGAGAAGGAGACCUCAUAGGGGGGAGGAUUUCAAGUUUCGUGAAGCUCUAAUCAAGGCUGAUUUCUGGCUUCUUUGGUUUUCAUACUUUUUUGCAGCUGGUUCUGGAGUAACGGUGCUCAAUAAUCUGGCUCAGAUCGGAGUUGCAUUAGGCGUUGAUAAUACGACAAUGCUGUUGUCUCUCUUCAGCUUUUUCAAUUUUGUGGGUCGUCUUGGCUCGGGUGUUAUUUCUGAACACUUUGUCAGGUCAAGAAAAAUACCUCGCACUUUUUGGAUGAUAUGUGCACAUAUAUUAAUGAUCGUAUCAUUCCUCCUAUAUGCAUCGUCUCUCAAUGGUUCUCUCUAUAUUUCUACUGCUCUGCUUGGAAUCUGCUACGGUGUUCAGUAUUCUACGAUGGUCCCAACUGUCUCUGAAAUUUUUGGCUUAAAGCAUUUUGGUAUAAUUUACAACUCCAUGGGAUUAGGAAAUCCUCUUGGUGCAAUCCUUUUCUCAUCUCUGCUUGCUGGUUAUGUAUAUGAUGCUGAAGCUGCCAUUCAAGGAGGGUCUACCUGCUUAGGUCCUAAUUGCUUCAGGCUCACUUUCCUGGUUCUUGCCGGCAUUUGUGGGCUGGGCACCAUUUUGAGCAUAAUUCUGACCAUUAGAGUACGACCAGUUUACCAACUGCUUUAUGCUGGCGGUUCUUUUCGACUUCCUCAAAGCUCAAACCACUCAUAAUUUGGGUUAUUAAUAUCUGAUCGGAUGGAAGCAUUCCAGUUUUAUGGAGGUAUGCUUCGAUAAGUUAACUACCAAGGAGUGCCUUUGCAACGUCUUCCUCUGUCUGCAAAUCUGCUAGCCAUAGUCACCCCAGGUUGAAGAUUUGUUGCUAAAGGCAAUUUGUUUGGGGAAGCUUCAAUGAAAGACGUUUUUAGUAGUUAUAAAAUAAAUAUGGUGGACUUAAGAGUAAAGGUAUCGUAUUCCUAUUGUUAUAUUGGCCUUUGAGUAACUGUUCUAGUUUUGUAUUAUCACAAUCACAUUUCAUCUUGAGGUGAAAUCUUCCAAAUUUUUUACACAAA